AUGUCUCAGUGGAUUUUGAUCGCGGGCGCUGCCCUGGUGGGUCUUUCCGCAUGGCUGGCGUCGAUCGGGUUUCAAGGCAGAAAACAUGUCCUUGGCAUAGACCUCGGAACGACGUUCUCUGUUGUCGCAGUGAAGCGUAACGGCACGGUGGAGGUUAUCCCAAACCAUGAAACAGGAAAACUUCUGACGCCCUCCGUGGUUUCCUACGUAAAAAACGCCAUGACGGACCCAGAGCGAAAGUACAUGAAAUUCGACAAGGAAUUCGCACAUUUUCUGGUGGGUGAGAAGGCUCUCGAGCGGCGUGCAGCAAGUCCAAGCGAUACAAUUUACCAUGCAAAACGUAUUUACUCAGAAGAUACUCGGCUGCUGUCUUCUUUUUUAUCUGUCUUUUUCUCGUAUUCGAGUAGACACAGAAGAACUUAUAAAAAAACCUUGUUACCCCAGACGAACUUGCAGCUGCACUGUUUCUCGUUGUUUUGAUGAUAUUUUUUCAUUUAUUCAACGAACUACACCCCGGUUCUAUUCAUCAAUCCUCUUCGUCUGAAUCUUUACAUAGGUUUCAUCGGGAAAUCCGUGUUCGAGACGACUGCGGAAAUCGCCGAGCAUCCAUUUCGAAUAGGGAACCGAGAUGUGAAUAGCACCGAGCUUCUCCGAUCGCUCGCAAAAGAUUUGGGAGCACCUGGCGCCACACGUUCCGAGGACCAAUUUUCCCAAACGGUCGAGGCACUCGCGGAGUGCGUCGAAGAAGCACGAACGAGUAGAACUACGACUACCAUUGCAGCUACAGGAGAAACCAUGCAAAGUACAACUAGGGCAACUGCCGAUGAUGUCGCGGCCACAGCGCACGACUCGCAGGACGGCGCUUUUGCGUUCUUGGACGAAGAUGACUCCACCAUUAAGAAUGCAGGCGCGCUAGCGGCUUGUUUGAAGGCAAAGCGAAAAACUCCGAUGCCAGCAGCGGUUGAGGAAGAUUCUACGUACCAGGCUGUGCGGGAAGUCGUAUUCAAUCACACGCAGGCCGAGUUUCGAGUUCUGGACACAAAGUGGCGCACUCCGGUGGACAUCGGCACAGCAAUUGUGAAAAAACUUCGGGACGUAUGAGAGUGCACAACUGCAGCUCGGAGAUUUCCCUCCUCCAUCUCAUAAUUCGAACUACAUGAGCAGCAACAGAAGAUGAAACUGCGCAAAUUUAUAUUGUGGCAUCCACACGAGAAAAACGUCUGGUCCGCGCGGGAGGUUUGCGCACAACUAUUGUUUGUUGAGGGUCCACCCUUAUUUGUCUGUGAUGCGGGCAGUGCAGCUUAGAAAUAAAAAACAAAAUGAUGCGAAAUUGGUGCUUUACUUUCUCAUGGAAAAUGAUGACAGCAGGAGCGGACGUCGUGCACUCUCAUAGGACGCCGCAGAGACGUACCUUGGCCACGGUGUCGCGGACUGCGUCAUCUGCGUACCUGCGAAGUUCGGGAAGCUGGAAAUCCAAAAGACGCACGAGGUUUUUUCGAAAGCGGGUUUUCGGGUCGCGCGGAUUAUGGACGAGCCCACCGCUGCUGCGGUUGCGUAUGGUAACUACGUACGUAGCUCCUGCUGCAUUCGUUCUGUAUUUUUAACUAGCAUUGACGCAUUUGCAUCCUCGCGCAUGAGGAGGAGCAGGAGCGAGGGCUGUGGCUCUUGCUCAUCGCCAAUUUUCUUUUGCUCGCAAAAGCGAGAUCUUAAAAAAAUUAAAAUUUAUACAGAGGACAUAAAUUAAGAACAAGCAGGCCGCAUGCAAUUAUUCACCUUGAAGAUCAUUUUGAAGCCUUUUGCUUCGUCGAGACGAACGAUGAAAGUCAUCAGCAGAUGCAGAUGAAGCAGGUUGUAUAUUGGAUGCAUCUUCACUUCUUUCCCUCUACUUCUUCAGGUCUGCACAAGAGCGCAACGGGCAAAACAGUGAUCGUGUACGACCUGGGUGGCGGCACGCUGGAUGCGUCAUUGUUGCACAUUUCGACGAAGGCGGUCAACGUGCUGGGGACUUCGGGCGAUGACCACCUCGGCGGCUCGGAUUUCGACCAUGCCAUGCUGCACCUGUUGCAACAGAAGUGCGCGGCAACCGAGCACAGGGAAACGGCAAACCCGGAAACUGCCGAGAAUCUAAAGAAGCAGUUCAGUAGCGAGCAGAGCGCGAGCAUCUGCGGGACGUCGGUCACGCGGACAGAAUUUGAAGAGACCGCAAAGGAAUUGUUCGCCCGAGCGCUGGCGCCGGUCGAGCAGGUGCUGUCGGACCAGAUGAUGAAGCCAAAGGACAUCCACCACGUGGUCUUGGUCGGGGGGGCCAGCCGCAUGCCGAGAAUACGAGCGAUGCUGGCCGAUCUGUUCGGGCAGGAAAAACUCAACAUGGAUCUGGAUCCCGAUCUCACAGUCGCAAUCGGCGCCGCAAACAUCGAUCAAUAAAAACCGAAUGUGAGUUGAUAUCGCUGCUUCGCGUCUCCUCCAACACAAGCCCGAGCAACCUGUAUAGAAGUACUUGUAAGUUGGACGUCGACGUCGAGUCGUGGAAAGAUUUGAAGACGACCACUGCGGCUCUCUGGAUCGUGGUCUUCCUCUUCGUCAUACGGAUAUUUGGAGGAAAAUCUUGUCCCAUGAGAUCAUGAACCGGGGGCCGCCGGAUGAAUCUGAUUUGGGAUCCGCAACGUCGACUGGGUUGUUCGGAACUCGACCUAUUUGCCGCGUCUUCACUCUUGAACUUGAUGCAACUUCUUAUCUUGGCGUUCUUGCAUAAAAGUUGUGGCACCAGCACGGGAGGCAUGACGCCCACUCUUGAAUAUGACAACAAAUGUUGAUCUUCGGGUCUGCACAGCAAUUCCAAUUCCGGGACAGACGAGCGAGCAGGCUCUUUCGUUCUACAACUACAACGAGUGGAAAUUACUAAUGAUGAUGGGAGGUGUAUGUGAUCUCGCAUCUCAAUCCGGUGGCGGUGGAGGUUUGAUUUUAUUUUUAGUGGAUUGAUGGGUGUGGACCUGUGCCUGACUUCAGAAAGGUGAUUGAAGCACGAGGAUGUGUGUUGGCAUAGUACUUACGUUGGUUUAUUUCCCGUCACUUGUUUUAAAAAUCAUCCUAAUGCGUGCGCGCGAAGCGCCUCACUCGCCACCGCCAACAUAGUUUUUGAUUCGCUGAGUGACACCGGCAGCACAAUCGAGAACGAGCCGCAUCCUCGCUGUAUUGAUUCAUUAUGGUUUGUCACGUUUAUAUCUUUGGUCUAACAACUAGAACUACUGACUCAAGUCCGGAGCAUAUAAUUACGCGUGGACGUCAUGGCGCGUCAUGAUUGCAAUUUUCUAUCAAGAGACGAAGUACACACACGAAUGACAAACCAACACGACAAAAGCGACACGGAAUUUUUGGCCACAGCGACGACACGAUGAAGCGACUAGUACAGAACAAGUAAACCUCAUCUUUCCACCUGUGGUCCUUGCCCAGGAGCACACGUAGCAACAAUACUGCGGCUUCGUUCAAUGUAUCAGUUACUUGCCCAAUCGCAAU